AUGGAAAUAGCCAGUACAGGACUUACAAAGAACAUACAGAAGAAAAAUGGGGCCCCAUCAGCUCCUGAUGCCUCAACUACAACCAUAGACUCGGAUGCACCCCCUUCAUUGUCCGCAUUGGCAUCGGGAGUCAAACCUAGACAAAAUCUUACUAGUCUUGCAGCAGGGGCAGCGACUGGAGGUAGUAAUGGAAGAGGUUUGUCAAGUCUAGGAGCACGCAAGGGGCUCAUCGGUAGCAACAAUCACGGGUCGUCUCUUCAAGAACUUGCAAAGGGAUCUAAUAAUGUUGGAGCAGGAUUGGCGCGACCUGCAGGAGGAUUGACUCGUCUAGUUGGAGCUUCGUCCUCGGCAAAUAGCAGUAAGAAUAACAGUAGUUUUGGUCAAACAGGACUAGGACCAAGGCUUGGAGGCACCUCAGAGCGACCAUCGCUGGCAGCACUAGCCCACUCUCGAGACGCAACGGGCCCUGUAGCAUCCGAAGCCCGAUCAGAUACAAAUAUAUCCAAUGACUCGCCAUCUACCUCAUCGUCAACUUCAAGAGCUUCAUCCUCGCUCGCAGAAUUGUCUGUAGCGAGUCAAAACGCUGCGCCGCCUCGGAAGUCACUGGCAUCACUUGCUAGCCCGAAUACAUCGUCUACGAACAAACUUACUCAAUCGGGAUUACCAUCGUCAUCUAUCUCCACAUCUGGAACGACGUAUGGUACUGGCCUGACCGGGUCAUCACUAGGACUGACUGCCCGGGCAGGAGCCACUCUAAGCGACGGAGAGCCUAGAGGGGACCAGAAGAGCGCAUUUUCGUCGAAACUAACCGCUUCGCAUUCAAUGGAAUCAUCUUCUCCUUCACUGUCUAGCUUAGCUUCAUCAUCACUACAGCCUCGAAAGCCACUACCAUCAGUAUCCAACCCUUCGAAGCCGCUAUCGGAGAAGUCACAGGCCUCUAAAAACAUAGCAUCAUAUACCCAGGAGACCUCUGAAAACGAGAUUGCGGUUGACAUGAACUCACAAUCAGAAGGCAACGCUGUUGAACAGGCAGCUGCUCGAACGAAUUUGGCUGAUGAUAUUUUAACAACAUCUGAACAAGGAGAGGAUUCAACGCCUGCUGUAAUAGGAUUUUCGUCUAUGAUUGCUCCACCAUCUCAUUUUGCGCUAUCAAUUUUCGAAAAACUGGAGCCGACUCCGUCUCCUAUUGCGCUUUCUACAGCUUCUCUUCUCCAAGCCACGAAUCCAGAGCUCCUUUUACGCAGGAUCAAAUUAAGUUCAGAAGCAGGAAAAGACACCGGAACAGUAACACCCGCAAGGGUUUUCCAGUUUGAUACACCCAGUCCGGAUGAUAUAGUGUUCAAAGCACAAUCUCAAGGACAUCGUCCUUCAGUAAUGUCGGGCCGUUAA